AAGAGAAAUAAACAAAGCAAAAAACACUGCAAAGGAAAUUUCGAUUUUGAUAUAUAAAGGCUCUAUUUUUUUCUCUCAGCAUCAAACAUUCCUUUUUUUCCCUCUUCUUUUUUAUUCUUUCUUUCAUCAUCAGGAAACAAAAACAAAGACAAAAACAAUACUAAUACUAAUACUUUUUAUUUAUUUAAAAACAAUGUCUUCAACUGUCGUCCGUGCACUCAACUCAUCCGCCCCACUGCUCCGCGCCACCGUUGGCCGCCUCACCCCCUCCACAACAGCCUUCUUCCUCUGCGACAUCCAAGAGCGGUUCCGCACUGCCAUCCAUGCUUUCCCCUCUCUCGUCCAAGUAGCUCAAAAAAUGUCCCACGUCUCCCAACACCUCUCAAUCCCCCUCAUAGUCACCGAGCAAUACCCCGCCAAACUCGGCUCCACCGUGGCUGAAAUUCCCAUCGACCACGCCAUCCUGAAUGAGCCCAAGACUAAGUUCUCAAUGGUUACAGACACUGUACAAGAUAAAUUGAAGGAACUUGGGGUAAACUCCGUAGUAUUGUAUGGGAUGGAGAGCCAUGUGUGUGUAUUGCAGACCUGCUUGGAUUUGCUGGAGAGAGGAGUGGAGGUGCAUGUGUUGGCGGAUGGUGUUUCGUCGAUAAAUCACCCGGAGAUACAGAUUGCUUUGGAGAGAAUGCGCCAGGAGGGCGCCAGGAUCGUGUCGUCAGAGUCGGUCUUGUUCCAACUUGCUGGAGACGCAAGCAACCCGCUGUUUGCGCGCAUCAGGGAUUUGGUCAAAGAGUACCAGCAGGCCGCGAGGGACAACAAGCUCCUUUUCAAAUAGUAACUUUAUCAAAUACGAAACACGAAAUAUGGUCUAUGGUCU